CACCGCUCGUUUCAAUAUGGCGGCCCCCAAGGAGGGGAGCGGCUAAGGUAAACGGGGAACGUUCAGAGUAAAUCCCUCCGAACCUCAUGGAUCGCAGUGCAGAAUUCAGGAGGUCGAAGGCGCAGUUUCUGGGCAAAGCGGACCUCAGCCGGAAGGGUAGUGUGGACGAGGACGUGGUAGAGCUUGUGCAGCUGCUGAACACGCGAGAUCAGUUUUUCACUACCAGCUCCUGCGCUGGCCGCAUCCUCCUCUUAGACGGGGGUGUAAAUGGUUUUGAAGUUCAGAAACAAAACUGUUGUUGGCUACUGGUCACACACAAACCUUGUAUAAAAGAUGAUGUGAUUGUAGCUCUGAAGAAAGCGAAUGGUGAUGCCAUUUUGAAAUUUGAACCAUUUAUUCUUCAUGUGCAAUGUCGACAACUGAAGGAUGCACAGCUUCUGCAUUCAGCAGCCGUAGCUUCUGGUUUCAGGAACUCUGGCAUAACAGUGGGAAAGAAAGGAAAGACUAUGAUGGCUGUCCGGAGUACACAUAGCUUAGAAGUUCCAUUAAGCCACAACGGAAAACUGAUGGUGACAGAGGAAUAUAUUGACUUCCUCUUAAAUAUAGCAAAUCAAAAAAUGGAGGAGAAUAAGAAGAGAAUUGAAAGGUUUUACAACUGCCUACAACAUGCUUUGGAAAGAGAAACUGUUACUAACUCACAUCCCAAGAUCAAAGAGAAAAAUAAUUCAUCAUAUACUCAUAAGAAAAAAAGAACCCCAGAGAAAACAUGUGGCAAGUGUAUUACUGACGAAAACGAUGAAGAACCUGAACAUGAUGAUGAUGAUCCAGGAAUCAGUGUUAAUAUCUUCCCUGAAGAAUAUUGAGAUUUGCUUCUGAAGUAUCUUGUUGGAAAAAGGUUUCUAGUAGAUAUCAUAAAGCUGCUCUUUAUAAAGAGUAUUGUAGUUUGCUGAGUUUAUCAGUCAUUCAUAGGAAUCCCUGGGUGGCAUAAACAGU